CAAACAUCAUCUUACUAAAAAAAAUCCAAUGGAUCCAUCAGAAUUUCCUUUCGAUAUUGAAGCUUACAAAAGACAAUCUCAAAUUGAAGAGAAAUAUAUCAUAAACCGGUUUAGAGAGCGUCGCAACAAAAUUGAAGAAGAUUAUCCACGUCGUAACAAAAGAAAAUACAUCAAGAGAGAUCAUGUAGCUGGAAACCAAAGACUCAUUGACGACUACUUUGCUUAAUAACCUAUGUAUGAUGACGAUAUCUCUAGACUUGAGAAAGCAGCUGCACUUAGUGAUGAUAAGGGAGAGAGAGCAUGGGAUGGUUACUGCAACUGAGUAUGUCUUCCGUAGUGCCUGUUGCUGGCAUUUUCAAAAGUGGUGAGAAAGCAGAAACGAGCGAGUGGCCGGCGAUGGUGGAAGUUAAGCGUAGAGUUAGGCUGAGUGGGUUUGGGAAAUUUAUUCAAGAGCUUCCCAAGUCUCGAACCCGUGCCCUAAUGGUAUACAAAGCUUUCUUUUGUUAUCAUUGUACUAGCAUUACAUUGAAUAAUCUAUUGCUUCAUACAACACUAGAAGUAACCCUUUUACUUCUCUUAUAUAUCAUCUUUAAUCAUCUCACUUUGUCUCAUCUCAAAACUCUUCUGUCUUCUCUUCAUGGAAACCAGAAAGCAAAGAGAUUACAAUUAAACACUUCACAUGUAUGCGUCACAGGAAUGGGGACACGUUUUAUGUAUGCAGAACAUCAACUAUAUAGAUUUGGGUCAAAUUUUGUAUUAAAUCCAUCCAAAGAAAAGGGAUGCCAAUUCAGUUUUAUUAUGUCUCUGUAUAUGAGUUUCUGUGUCUGUGGGGGACAUAUAGAAUAAUCAGGAAAUCUCAAACAAUUGAUCGACCACACACGCAAAAAUAGUUAAUUAAAUUCUCUUUUCUUAAAAGGACUUUUUUUGGGGAAAUUAUUGGGUAAA